UACUGCGUUCGCUUUCACACCUGCUCAGAGAAACUGUCUCAAAUCUCCAUUAACUUCUUCAAGACUGCAGAAGGAAUUUCAUUUUCAUGCCACAUUGUCUCUGAGUUCUCAAAUCCAAAACUCCAAAACUCCAUUUCCUCGCGAGAACGCCCAGUUCUGGUAGUCUAUUUCAUCAAAUUUAACAUUUCUGGUUACUUGAAUAGUAUAUUCAUUAAUCUCCUUUGCCUGGGCAAAUGUAUUGGACACCCGCAUGCCUAUUUUGCUUACUGGCUCAAUAGGGAACAUUUGAUAUGUUGGUUGUGGUCAAGGUGGCACUCUCUGCCGGCUUCUUGAGUUUCUGGCUGCUUCACUAGUCAUUUGAGGUACCAAACUCUGAAUACUUAGUUCCCUCUUGAGUUGUUUCUGAUUCAUAGUCAAUGUUUUCUGCUUGAUUAUAUCAUAGAGCCCUUCAAAUUCCUGGAUUUGGACCAGAUUUUUCUUAAUGAUCCCUGAAAUGUGAUUCAAUAGCCUUGAAUAUCUUUUUCGUAACAGUGAUUCCUUGAGGAUUCUUUCUCUUGAGUCUUUCUCAUUUCAUUCUUUUACAUUAUUCUCAGUUUUGAAUGUAUUGAUAUUCAUUAGCCUGAUUAAUUUGAGGCUUAUAAGCUUCUCCUUUUGUUGCAUAACUAAGCAUAUUAAGUAUGCUUAAACAAGACAAAUUCUUCCAUUUUAAACCUUUUCUUCUAUUUCUCUUCACUGGGUUUUCUCUAGUUUCUGUUGUUCUCUCAAAAAUUCCCUUAGGUUCAAAACUUUCUGUAGAGGAAAAUAACUCAUGGGUUUCUCCCAAUGGUGAUUUUGCUAUUGGUUUCUUUAGCCAUUCUGAUCAGCCUAAUCAGUAUAGUGUUGGAAUUCGCUUCAAUUCAAAAUCCAUUCCUGUUAGCAAACAAACUGUUGUUUGGGUUGCUGGAGCUGAAAUUAGUGUUGGUAACAAGUCCUAUUUCCAGCUUUCUCAAAGUGGGGAACUGGUUUUGGUUGAUUCCUUUAAGGGAGUCACCGUGUGGUCCAGCAAGACAAGCCGAUCAGCUGUUGUUUCUGGCGUUCUUCGUGACGAUGGCAAUCUUGUUCUACAGGAUGAAAUGGGAUCUGUUGUUUGGCAAAGCUUUGACAAUCCUUCUGAUACAAUUCUUCCGGGCCAGAGUUUAUCUAUCUAUAAAACACUUAGAGCUGCUAGCAAAAAUUCUGUGUCAAGUUACUACAGUCUUUAUAUGAAUGCUUCGGGCCAGUUACAGCUAAAGUGGGAAAGUGAUGUCGUAUACUGGACCAGUGGAAAUCCAUUUGCAUCCAACCUCAGCGCUGUCCUUACCUCUGAUGGAAUUCUGCAACUCGUGGACCAGACUUUGAAGCCCAUGUGGUCUGUCUUUGGUGAAGAUCACAAUGACACGGUAAAUUUUCGAUCGUUAAGGCUAGAUGCUGAUGGUAAUCUGCGGAUGUACUCAUGGGAAGCUGAUUCAAAGUCAUGGAGAGCGGUCUGGCAAGCUGUUGAGAAUCAGUGCGAUGUCUUUGCAACAUGUGGCCACCAUGGUGUCUGUGUUUUCAAUGCAUCGGGCUCACCUGAAUGCCAAUGCCCAUUUAAGAUAACAUCUGAUCCUAACUCGAAAUGUUUUGCUCAGGAUUGCAAGUCAGCUUCCAGUAUGAUCACAUAUAAGAACACCUUUCUUUAUGAAAUUUAUCCACCAACUGACUCAAUUGUCCUAACUAGCUUACAGCAAUGCAAGAUUUUGUGCCUGAGGAACUCAAUGUGUACAGCUGCAACGUACACAAAUGAUGGAACUGCUGAAUGCCGAAUGAAAACUACUCCUUACUUCUCUGGCUAUUCAGGCCCCUCUUUAAGUUCUAUAUCUUUUAUUAAGACAUGUUCAGACCCAUUACCUGUUGAUCCCAAUUCUUCUGGAUCUUCUUCAGCACAAUCUCCAGCCAAGCGCACUUAUUGGUUGAGCAUUCCUUGUCUCGUUGGAGCUGUUUCAGGUACAUUUGUUUUAUUUGCCGUAAUUCAGUUAGCACUUGGCUGCUACAUAUAUAGAAGAAGAAAUUUGAUUUGGAAGAAAGCUGCCUUGGCCUACACUGGCGGUAAUUCAAAGGGUUUGAUGAUGUUAUCCUUUGCUGAGAUCAAGGAAAUCACAGGAAAUUUCAAGUAUCAAAUUGGGCCAAAGAUGUAUAGAGGUGUUCUUCCAAACCACCAGCCAGUAGCGAUUAAGGACUUGGAAACAUCCGUCGAAGAAAGGAAGUUUCGAGCUGUUGUUUCAAAAAUAGGAAGCAUACAUCACAGAAACUUGGUGAAGCUUGAUGGCUAUUGUUGCGAGUUAAGUCAAAGAAUUUUGGUUUACGAGUAUGUCAAAAAUGGUUCUGUGCUGAAACAUAUGGAAGAUGAUGAGUUGAGUAAGCGACUAACAUGGAGAAGAAGGGUUAACAUAUGCUUAGAUGUAGCAAGAGCUAUUUGUUAUUUACACACAGGAUGUAGGGAGUUUGUAAGCCAUGGAAACUUGAAGUGUGAGAAUGUAAUCUUGGAUAAAAAUUACGAGGCCAAGGUGAGCGAAUUUGGGUUGGGGAUAGUUCACCCUGAAGCAUCAUGUGUUCGAGAGAAAGAUGUGGAGGAUUUCGGCAAAAUGAUGUUGAUAUUGGUAACGGGGUGUCUUCAGGUCGGGGAGGUUUGCGAGUGGGCUUACAAGGAAUGGUUGCAGGGUCACCCUGAAAGGGCUGUGGAUAACAGAAUGGAUGAUGGGUUCGAUAUAGAGGAGCUGGAGCGAACGUUGAGAACUGCGUUUUGGUGCCUUCAAAGCGAUGAACGAAUGAGACCUUCAAUGGGAGAGGUAGUGAAGGUAUUGGAAGGCACAUUGACAGUUGAUCCCCCACCGCCUCCUUUUGCCGGCCUGAGUUUACCUGCAGAAGAAUUAUCAUUAACGUCGGGCUCAGCAUCAUAGAAUCCAGUUGAAGUAUGAAGAUCUAAUUCAUUUAGUUUCUCUUUUUCAUUGUGUAUAGUAGGACUAACUAUGCAUCGCAGUGACAAGUUGGCAACAUUUUUUUUGAAAAAGGCAUGCAAUUUUUUACCCAAAUGGGCAUGAUUCUAUAGAGAACUCUGAGAAGAAAGUUCCAGUUAGAUCUUCCUAAAGUGAAAUGUUCACCUCCUUUGCAUUCUGGGUUUGGAUAUCUGUUGCAGAAAGUUGUGAUGGGUAUAUUAGCCAACCUAUUUUUGCUUUCUUCUCACUGUUUUUUUCUAGUUAUUGUUUAACAUUCAUGUGAGAAGUUAUUUUGGCU